AUGAUAUCGUUUGUAGUUUUAACGGCGCUCCUAGCGUGCGUCGCUGCUAAACCACAGAGCCAAUUCGGUGCCAGAAGUUUCAAUCAAAAUGUGCCUUUCAAUCAGAACCUGCAAGUGCAACCACUCCAGCAGCAUCAACAGCAGCAGCAACAACAGCAACAGCAUCAACAGCAGCAACAUCACCAACAGCAGCAACCAUUUCACUCACAGCAACUCAACCAACAUCAGCACAAUCAACAGCAGCAGCACCAGCAACGGAUCGCCCAGCAGUUUCGGCAGUCGCAGAGCUUGAGGGCACCUGCUCCGCCGGUGUCAUUUCAUCAACAACAGCCCCAAAUGCAGUUCAGCCAGCGGUUUCAGCAAUCCUACCCAGGAGGCGCAAGGCCCUUCGUUCCCAUAACCUCGUACAACAAUGAUGUUUCUUAUGAUGGAUCGUACUCCUAUGGCUAUACGACCGGUGACGGUCAGCAGCAGCAGGCGCAAGGCUACCUUAAGAAUCCUGGCCUAAAAGAUCUGGAAGCCCAAGCAGUGCAAGGCUCGUACUCGUACACCUCUCCCGAGGGACAACAAAUUACGGUCACCUACAUCGCUGACGAAAACGGAUUCCGUGCUGAAGGAGCACACCUGCCCACUCCGCCACCGAUACCGGAAGCGAUUCAGAAAUCUUUGGCACUGAUCGCAGCCACGCAACCAGUCUCCCAGAAGUUCAGUCAAGCCUACAGUCAGCAGCCUUUCGGGUCCAGCCAAGGUUACAAUAGAUUCGGAUAG